UGGUACUCCUGGCGCCACCAGAUGAUCGCCGUCGCCAAGGCUGGGUACAGAGCUGUGGCACCCGAUUACAGAGGCUACGGCCUAUCCGAUCCACCGCCCGAACCCGGGGAAGCCACAUACGCGGAUUUCCUGGCUGAUCUCCUUGCGCUUCUUGACGCUCUUUCUAUCCCAAAGGCUUUUCUUGUCGCCAAGGAUUUUGGCGUCCGGGUUGCUUGCUUAUUUGCAUUUCUCCACCCUGAAAAAGUCGAGGGAGUUGUUACAUUGGGCAUACCUUUUCUGCCUCCAACUCCCAUGAACUUUCAGGAGCUUCUUCCCGAAGGUUUCUAUAUCUCAAGAUGGCAGAAACCUGGAAGAGCUGAGGCUGAUUUUGGCCGCUUUGAUACCAAGACGGUCGUACGCAACAUCUACAUACUCUUUUCGCACAGUGAAAUACCAAUUGCAGAUGAGAACCAGGAGAUAAUGGAUAUGGUUGCUCCCUCUACUCCUUUACCCCUUUGGUUCACUGACGAAGAUCUUUCAACCUAUGCGUCUCUUUACGAAAAGUCUGGUUUCCAAACUGCUCUCAAAGUUCCAUAUAGGUCGAUGUCUGAAGAGUUUGACGUCACAAAUGUCCAAGUUGAUGUUCCAGCACUGCUUAUCAUGGGCGAGAAGGAUUAUUUCUUCAAGUUUCCAGGAGUGGAAGACUACAUCAGAAGCGAACAGGCGAAGAUGUUCGUUUCUAAGUUGGACACGGUGUACUUGCCCGAAGGCAGCCAUUUUGUGCAGGAGCAAUUCCCUGAACAAGUGAAUCAGCUCAUACUCAACUUUCUGAACGUCCAUAGUUGAAUUCGACGGUCGGAUUUCGGUGUUCUUGUGUGUUUCUACUAAUAAAAAACUGUGUCGUUGCUGUCUAAAUUCGAUACUGCUUGAUUUUGUCUGUUCUUGGAUUAAAUAUGCAUGCAACGGCAGGAAAACUUAAAUAAACUCGUGCCUUUCAGCUAAA